ACCGCCAACUGAGCAAAGAAAGUUGGAUCCGUCGUCCCUGGGCGCAUCCUGUCGGCAUCCAACGCCGUUGGGAAGCACACCAUGAAGCCGAGCAGUCUCUACGUCGCGCUCGGCGCAGCGCAGCUGGCGAUAUGCGCCCCGCUGCCGCUGGUCAUGACCGAGCGGCUCUACGAACUGCCGGCCACGGCGCAUCACAUCGCGGCAGUGGCCCGAACCCGGACGACGUACUGGGUGCGCGAGCCCGACAGCGACAGACAACACGACACGCCGACGCGGUCGACAAUGCCGCAGCCAUUUCACGCACAGCUCCUGCCGCCGCUCUUCAAACACAGGCCAUCCGCUCAUGGGGAGUCGCAGCCGGGACAGCCGACGGGCGGCCGACGGCGACACCGCAAGAUCGACCUGAUACCACUGCGCCUCACGGUCAGCAAGGUUGACGACUCGACGGAGGUGGUCGACCUCGGCGUGCCGGCCCAGUGGCUGCCGUUCGGCAUGCGGCACCAACACCACGGCCGCCAAGACCACCUCCUCCUCCUCUCCUACGGCGGCCGUUACUUCCGCGAGCAGCAGAACGACGUGCUCGUGGUCGUGCUGGUGGCUGCGUUCGUGGUGAUUGUGGUCCUCAUGGAGACGUGGGGGAGUAUCUCGCGGAGGUUGGUUGCCUUGCGCCAAGCGGUCUCCCGCAGAACGCAGGAGGCGCCGUCGUGAUGACGACCGAGAGAGUUUCUUGCGAUACUGAUGAGCAUUUAUUCCGGUUCCAGCUUCCGCGGGCAAGGGGCUAUCCGGCUGGAGGAAACGGCAAGCAGCCAGCCGGCCAUCUCGAUCCGAGCGAUGCCUGACGGCCAGGACGA